AUGAUAGAAUCUUCGUCAGUCGUCCAAGACAUGAAGAAGCUACUUGCAGCGAGUCGCAAGAAGAAAGAUGAUUCGUUGAAUCCAAAUGAUCUUGCUGGAUUCAUUCCGCUCCACCAGCAAUCGUUCCCAAUGGGAAGCAAACCAAAUCAUAGCUCUUCCAUGCCUUCCAGUGAAGAAAAUCAUGCAAAAGCACUUGAGCUAGCAGCAUCGAUUGUGGCGGUGGCAGGCGGAGGAACUGAAGCUUCUGGAGAACUCGUUGCGAAGACUUUUUCUAACCUCAAACAGGAGCUAAUGUUACCUUCUCAAAACAAUCGAUUGACUACAUUAUCCUUACUUACUUCGCCAGGGAACCCAACGCCGAAACUAGUCAAUAUACAAAAUGGAAAAGAAAGCAAGAAGUUGCAGCCGAAAACAACAAAGAAACGAUCUAGCAAUGACGAAAACAAAAAGGCGAAGAAACGAAAACUCAUCAAGGGGAAAAGUUCGACAUUGGCUUUUUCCUCUAGUAACUUUACAACUGCGAGUUCACAUCGAUCGGGUGCUGAAUUACUAGUAGCGGGUACAAAGGAAUACAACAAGUCGUUGACCCAGGAACAAAAGGGCAAUUGCAAAAUCUUGGUGAAGGCGGAUCGUUCGAGAUUUCUGGCAAAAGAACAUGCAUUGACCGAGUCGCAAUCCAAUCCCAACACUCCCUCCUCUUUGAUGUAUCCAAAAGAAUCCAAUCCCCAUAUUCCAGUACCAGUUCGGACCCAAGACGGCGACUUCCGGGCACUUUCGGACCAAAAACGGUUGCUACGAGACAUCAAAACAUUGCCAAACGCUGGUCACAGCGUUGGCAUUCGCCUCGAUGAGUCCGCCACUCUUUCUUCCCGACAGCAUGAGAAAACAAAAGUUGACUUUCUUCCUGCAUGUUUUCAUGCCCGGCCACCAGUCGAUCCGCUUUGCACAUUGCCCCAUUGCGGAAGUUUGGAUUUUGAACAUGAUGGAAAUAUUGGUAGCGAUGGGAAGAGGGUACAAGAAACAAACCAGAAGCAAGGAAAACAGCAGAGGCCAUUUCCUCUUCAAAAGAAAAGCUUUCCCACCUUUCACCAAGCCAACCCACACGAUACUGCGAAGAAUCUUUUGCACGAAUUCUUGAAUCAGUACGGGGUGUUUUGGCCUUUUCAAUAUUGGAUCUUGCACCAAAUGGAGUCGUCGCAAAACGCGAAAAUCAAUCCUGACUCAAGACAGCAACAAGGAGUAUUACUUGACCGCAAUCUGCCAAUCUACAUGUAUUAUCAUGAUCCAUACCAUCCCUUUCGCAAGUUCUUCCAUCCAUGCUCUUCUGCCUACUUGUCCGUGAUGGAAAACUUGGCCGACAAGUUGGCUCGUCAAAUCCACGUUCUGGAAGCAUUUCGAUCCUUGGCCCAUGAUGUUGCCUUCGCGUAUCCAUCCUUUCGCGAUGGCUUGCAUUAUGUCCUCCAGCACGCCGACGCAAAAGCGUUUCAACCUUUGUUGGGUGUGCCUGAAUUUCACUUGCUUUCGUCCUCUGAAGCGAUAUACUACGGCACCCGAUCGUAG